GGUUGCGGAAUGAGUUUAACUGGGCGCCCGAGUAACGUCAGAAGAAAAUAAACAAGAAAAAUAUUUAAUAAUCAGCUAAUCAGAAACGUCUCAUGGAUUGCCUAAUUGCGGUAACUUAUUUUUGCUUUUUCUUUGCGUAGACUCUUCUUUAUAAACUGUGCUAGAUUCACUUCUACUGAUUAUAAAUUCCAAUUCAUCAAUGUUUCGUUAUCUGAUAAAUUUGUCUUACAUUGGAACUCAGUUCAGAGGCAUUCAAAAAAACCUCAUAAAAGGCAGUUUGGUGUCAGAUGACACAAGCUCGGUCGAAGGUGUUUUGGAGAUUGCAUUGAGAAAACUGCACCCAAUCAACGAUUUCAAGAUUAAAUUAUCUAGUCGGACCGAUGCCGGAGUCCACGCUCUUCACAACACGGUUCAUGUCGACUUGGAACGAUGUAAUGGCCGACCUUACGACGAGGAACAGAUUACCCGACGGUUGAACAGAUCAUUCGCGUCCCAGGCACUUUCAAUUAGAAUACUUAGCACGCAAUUGGUUCCUAUGACUUUCCAUGCACGGAUGUAUGCCAAAUCCCGCACCUACAUUUAUCGGUUGGGCUUGCUGAGGCAACAAUUUUGUGUUGGUUCAGGUCAGCACCCCUUGAACCGCUUUGUGCCAAUCGAAGAACAUGACAGGUGUUAUUUCAUCUCUCAUGAACACUUCGACAUCGAACGAUUAAAACGGGUGGCCAGUAGUUUUGAAGGGUAUCAUGAUUUUCGAACAUUUAUGGCAACCUCACGGGGGAACGAAAGACAGUUGGAUCCAUCAUUUACACUUAGGCGUAUUCAGUCUAUCACAAUAGAGCGUGGGACAUGCAUGGCAUCGGCAUUCAAUAGAGAUUUAGCGGAAAAAUUUUACGAUUAUUGGGAUAUUCGAAUUAAAGGGCGAUCUUUUUUGUACAAGCAGGUCCGACGUAUGGUAGGCGCCUGGAUAGCGGCAGCCGCAGGACGUAUUACCGAGCGCGACGUGUACGAAAUGCUAACAAUUCCAUCGUCACAUUCGUGGUGCGAUCAGUCGGUGGUAGUCCCGGCAUACGGACUUUAUUUGUGCCACGUUGAGUACGAUCCAGCAGAUCUAUCAAUAUCCCUAGAUGAGCUUCCUCGAUCAACUACGGUUGAAGAAACAAGUGUUGCAACCAACUGAAACGACUGUUACGUACAUAGAUGGUAGUCGAAAAAUCUUUCGAGGUGAACUGGAGCGAGCCGCUCCUGCCACCAAAUUGGGAUUCGUUGUGGAUACCAGUCCCGAUCAGGUUCCCGCUUGUAUUCUGAGCCAGUUCUUGUAUCUAGGUU